AUGCGAUUCCUCCUCUCUUUGAAAAAUAUCUGCGACACCACCUGUCAGGAGGGCUGCGAUGCUGCUUGUCAAGCCGCGAUCCAGGGAACCUACGAGUCCGAGUCCAAGCUUUGGGUGAGCGACAUUGUCAGCGAUCCCUUCUAUGACACCCCAGCGAAUAUCUCCUCGGCUAAGCCAGGUGACAUCCUCCGCUGGGAGGCUGUGCCCGCUGCGCUGCUCAGUCGCAACUGGACUAUCCCCGCCAGUCUGAGUCUUUACCGCUUCAUGUACGCCACCGAGGAUCUUGAUAACAGCACUAUCCCCGCAACUGCAUGGGCUUUACUCCCGUUUCACCGGUCUCUCUCGACUCCUGGAGAGCCUCGAAAGCUUCGGACUGUCGUCUGGACACAUGGUACGGCCGGGCGUAGCCGCCUCUGCUCGACAACCAACAACAGAGGCCUCUACUAUGACUGGAAGGCGCCGUUUAUCCUGGCCGAGUCUGGCUAUGCCGUCAUUGCGCCUGACUACUCCGGCCAGGGAUCCGAUAUUCCACAGGGAUUUAUGUAUGAGGCUGGUUUUCUGCACGCGGCUGAUGUUGCGUACUCUGUUGUUGCCGCCAGAAAAGUCAUCGGAAACUACUUGAGCCGCAAAUGGGCUGUUUUUGGUCAUAGCGAGGGAGGUAUGACAGCUUGGCGUACCGCUGAGCGUCUUGCGCGAAAGGGAGAAGAGCGUCUUCACAAAGCUGGCGAAUUCAUUGGCGCUGUAGCUGCUGCUCCUGCUCUACGACCUCAAAAGCUUAUCCCGCUCUCGUGGAAGCAGACGGGAACCGGUGGCGGCCCAUUCUCUGUUUACUUUCUUCAAUCCCUUGCCAAGCUUUUCCCCAAGCAGAUCAAGGUUGAGGACUAUCUCGCGGAUGUUACUCAGCAACGACUCCAAGUCCUCGACAACUCGUGUUUCCAGACUGGCUUUGCUGCUGUUGGUACUCUCAGCCCUGAGCAACUCUUCAAGAACACCAGCUGGCUCCAGCAUCCCGCCACCAACGAAUGGGCCGUCCGGUACAAUGGCCAAGGUCCUUAUCCUCUUGCUGCACCGCUGCUGGUCAUCCAGGGCGUCAACGACACCAUCACGCCUGCGGUCCUGACUAUGGAGGAUUUCAACCUUACUUGCUCCUCCUACCCCAAGAGCCCGAUUCAUGCCAAGCUGUAUCCUGAGAUGGGCCACGGCCAAGUUCUCGAGUCUGCUCGUGCCGAUAUUGAAGCUUGGCUCGACGCCAGAUUCAAUGGCAAACCUGCUGGAAAGGCAUGCUCUAUUGAAAACAUUGAGCCUUUGACUGAGCACUAUUCUCGAGGCGAGCUGUUCUGGGCAGCCAACAUUGUCCCCUUCUAA